AUGUCUGCAUUGUCGGAAGCGGCCCUUCAGAGGCACGAAAGUGCACGUAUUGAUGUGCUCGAAAAGUUGCCCGUUCCUUUUGGUCUCGUUCGAUACGGAGUCGCUCCUGACCAUCCAGAAGUCAAGAAUGUGAUCAAUACUUUCACACAAGUGGCCAAGAAUCCCCGCUUUCAUUACUAUGGGAAUAUAGCCGUUGGUGAUGAUAUUAGCCUGGCGGAACUUCGCUAUCAUUAUGACGCCAUCGUACUGGCUUAUGGGGCAAGUGCUGACAAACGUAUGAAUAUUAGUGGUGAGGAACUUCCGGGUGUCUUAUCAGCCAAGGAACUGGUCGGAUGGUAUAAUGGAUAUCCAGAUUUACAAGCGCCUCCACCAUAUUUGGACUGCGAAACUGUUGCCAUUGUUGGUAUGGGAAACGUUUCACUCGAUGUCGCGAGAAUUCUUCUCUGUUCUGUUGAUCGCCUCAAAAAUACAGACAUCCCAGAGCCAGUGAUAGAGCAUCUCUCUACCAGCCGAGUACGUCGAGUGAUCAUAGUAGGACGUCGGGGACCUCUGCAGGCCGCGUUCACGCUGAAGGAGUUCAGGGAGUUGUGUUGUCUUCCAAAAACCAAAAAUACCCUUGUUCAAGGUCUCCGCAUCGAAUUCACUCCACGGAACAUCUUCAAUGAAACCCUUUCAACUGGCAAUGAUCGUAUUAAGCUUCUCGCAGAGCUUCCGCGUCCACGACGCAGGCUGAUCGAGCAUAUGCUCAAGAUAUCGACUCUUAGCUCGAUGCCUAUAGAACACGGUGUGGUGGGUGAACCCCUUUCCUGUGAGAUGCGUUUUUUGCGAUCACCGAUACAAGUGGUGCCCCAUUACCCUGUCCUCGAUUGUACAUUGCCGCCGCCCACCGUUUCUAAAGCCUCAAAUGUGGCUGGUAUCGAGCUGCGUGUGAACAAGCUGGAGGGUCCACUGGGCGAGGAUCAAAAAUGCGUGGUGGCAGAAGGCGAGAGUCCAGAGCGCGUGGAGUGUGGAUUAGUGGUGCGCAGCAUCGGUCACCGCAGUGUGUGCAUUGAUCCCGACUUGCCAUUCGAUGAGGAGCGCGGCAUAAUCGCCUGUAGCGACGAGUACGGCCGUGUUCCAGGCCUCCUCUCCUUAGGUGAUAGCUACGGUGUCGACGGGGAUGCGCUGCUGUACGCCUCCGGCUGGGCCAAGAUCGGUGCGACGGGGGUUAUUGUCAAUACCCUUGCUGAUGCACGCAGCACUGCGGAUGCGAUUCUCGCAGACUUUGCGGGCAAGGAGUUGCCCUCUCGUCAUGUGGGUUUUGAGGGAUUUAAAGAGAUCUUAGCGAAAAAAGGUGUGCGCCCGGUGACCUUCGCGGACUGGGAGCGUGUGGAUUCGAAGGAGAGAACGACGGGUCGUGACCUUGGCAAACCCCGGGAAAAGAUCGCCUCCUUAAAGGACAUUCUGCGAAUCGCUUUUUCGGAAGUGUCCAAAAUGCGCAGUGGCGACAGAUCCUGA